UACAGCUAAGUGGCGAUGGACCUGUAGCCAACCUAAAUCUAUCCUUCAGGAGACCUCCAUGACAACAUCUGAGAAGCUGAUUGUGGAGCCUCCUUUAGCCUAUCCAAUCACACCAUCCAGCCCUCUUUAUACCAAUACAGACAGUCUUACUGCGAUAACACCUGGCAAGAUAAAAAGAGGACGACCAAAGAAACAGCCUUUGCUCACUGUUGAAACCAUUCAUGAGGGAACCUCCACCAGCCCAGUAAGUCCAAUCAAUCAUGAAUUUCCAGGAACAAAGAAAAGGAAGAGAAGGAAUCUACCCAAGUUGGCCCAGAUAGUUCCAGGAGAGGACAAGCCCAUCAGUGAACUCAAGUUUCACAAAAGGGUCGUGAAGCUUGGGGUCUUAGAUAAGAAGACCAUCAAGACCAUUAAUAAAAUGAAAACCCUCAAGAGGAAAAACAUUCUCAAUCAGAUCUUGUCCUCCUGCUCCAGCUGUAUAGCUCUGAAAGCAAAAGUCCAGACCCUGUUUAGUGUUGGGCCAACCACCAUUGAUGCUAGACUAGGGAAGCAGAUCAAUGUCAGCAAGAGGGGGACUAUCUACAUUGGUAAAAAACGGGGCAGAAAGCCAAGGGCAGAGCUGCAACCUCAGACAGAAGAACCUAAGGCAGCCAUCAAGCACUCAAGGCCUGUUUCCAGCCAGCCAGAAAACCCAACAGUGCCUUCCAACCUGCAGUCACUUGUGGCAUCAUCACCAGCAGCUAUUCAUCCGCUUUCAACACAGUUAAUGGGGAUUAAUGACAACCUCAGCCCUGCAAGUACUGAAACUAAUUUUUCACAGUUAAAAACUAUGCCAAAUCUUCAACCUAUCAGUGCUCUUCCUCCAUAAACCCAGAAAGGAAUGCACAAUAAAACUUGGAAGCUGUCUCCACCCUGGUUAAUGGCUAAUUCACCUUUUAACCUCUUUGAAAUAGAUUCUCUGAAAGAAGUCAUGCUGUCGCCAGUGAGCGAGUCUCACAGUGAGGAAACCAUACCAAGCGACAGUGGGAUAGGUACAGACAACAACAGUACCUCUGACCAAGGCGAGAAAAGCUCAGAAUCCCACCAGAGAUACUCCUUUGAUUUCUGCACCCUGGGCAAUCCAGAGGCUAUCCCAUCUGACACCAGCAUAAAGAACAGGCAUGGUCAGCAGCAGAAACAUCUCAUUGUGGAUAGCUUUCUCUUUCAUGAGGGUAUUAAAAAGCUGAAGCACAGGAGGAAAAGGAAAAGCCUGCAGAACACAGAUGACCUCCAGUUUCUGGCAGACCUUGAUGAACUCAUCAAUAAGUUUCAAGUGUUCAGGAUUUCUCAUAAAAGUUAUAUAUUUUAUCAUGAAAAUCCAUAUACCAGCCUCUUCAGGAUUAAUUUUGGUCACUACUACCCUGUGCCAUAUAUCCAGUAUGACCCAUUGCUCUAUCUUCUCAGGACCUCUGAUAUAAAGUCUAAGAAGAAGUGUGGUAGACCUGCCAAAACCAAUGACGCCAUGACAAAGGUGCCUUUUUUACAAGGGUUCAGUUACCCUAUUCCCAGUGGGAGUUACUAUGCACCUUAUGGAAUGCCUUACACAUCAAUGCCUAUGAUGAAUCUUGGUUACUAUGGUCAGAAUCCAGCUCCUCUGUACCUGUCUCACACACUUGGAGCAGCUUCCCCAUUUAUGAGACCUAUUGUGCCCCCACACCAAUUCCAUGCAAGCUCUCAUAUGAAGAUGUCCACCACUGCCAAACAUAAAGCAAAACAUGGAGUGCAGCUACAGGCCCCUAUGGGAAUGGGCCUUGGAAACAUGCAAUCCUCUUUGGCUCCUCCAAAAGUUGGAGGAACAAGCCUUUCAAGUGGCCGACUUCACAAAAGGAAACACAAACAUAAGCACAAGCAUAAGGAUGAGCAGAUAUUGUGGACACAUGAAGAUCUGAGUGGUCUCUUUGCUAGCAAGUCCACUGGCUUCUUCAGCCAUGCAAUCAAUGAAAGGCUAAGCAGCUCAGAUAAAGACUUCUCCUUGCUCAACAAGAAAAGAAAACACAAGGAGAAGCAGAAGCACCAGCAUUGUGAAACCAGACACAAAGGCUCAAAGAGUAACUUUGAAGCAGAUACACUGUCUAUGUUAUCACUUUCUGAUGCCCAGCAGUGGACACAGAGUAAAGAUAAUAGCAACUGAAGCAAUGAUCCCGUUGACUCUUGCACAAAGAGAUACUCUGGUAAUACUGAGAGUAAUGGAAGGUCAGAGUCCCCAGGCAUGUUUGGUGAAACGAAUUCCUCAAGUGAGAAGCAGGACAAGGAUGCAAGUGGGAAUAAAAGAAGCUUUGAAGGGUUUGGAACUUUCAGGGGAAAGGACAUUCAGCCCUUCAGGACAAAUAGGAAGAACAGAAGUACUUAUG